AUCCAUCCUUACGUAGUGACUCGGAUAGUUUUUUAUAGUGAGGUCAAUUCCAUACUUUUUUAAGGCUCAUUAAGUAAUAAUAGAAGUACUGCAGCUCUGAGUCUUUUUCUUUAACACUCGAUUGGGAGUUUGUUUAUAUGGCUCAAACCUGAGCUAUUUCGAAAUGCGCAAUUAAACAGGUUCAAAAAGGCUGCUCAUCUCGUACUUUCUGCCAUCAAAACAGCAAUUGUUUCGUUGGCUGUAUAGUCAAUUAAGACUCUUCGAAGAUGGGAGACAGAUUUAUUCCAAUUAGAAAUGUUAGCAACGCACACGCCCAAGAUUUUAUAACUAAGCGGGUACCGAAGAGUUACUCUACCAAGCAUAUGGUAGACGAAGACUCUAAUGAACCACGGAAUCAAUUCAACGAGUUGCUAACACGUGAGCUUUUUGGACAUCAAAUUACAAAUCAACAUAGAACCUUUCAUUAUGGUCGACAAAAGGAGGUAAAAGUUGAGCCCCCAAGUGUUGAUAGUCCAAUUCGGAAAUCUUACUCUCUGUCACCCAUAUCGGUAGAGUCUCAAAAGAUGUUGUUACGCCCUCAAAAACCUAAACGGGUUCUGUCAAGGACACCUUAUAAAGUACUAGACGCACCUUAUCUUGAAGAUGACUUCUACUUAAAUCUUAUCGACUGGGGAGCAUCAAAUGUACUGGCUGUCGGCCUUGCUAGUUGUGUCUACCUUUGGUCAGCACAUACUGGAAAGGUCGUUAAACUGCAUGACUUUGGGCCCAAUAACCAUGUUACCAGUGUGCUGUGGACAGGAAAAAAUAACCAUGUUGCAGUGGGUACUGAUUCUGGACUUGUCCACAUUUGGAAUGCCGAGACAUGUCAGCGGACACGAGUCGUAACGGGGCACUUCUUAAGGGUUGCGGCUCUUGCUUGGAACAAUAACGUAUUGACAAGCGGAGGCCGUGACCAAUUGAUUGCUCACCAUGAUUUGAGAAUGUCACAACAUUUUACUAAACUUCUCCGAGCUCACGAACAAGAGAUCUGUGGUCUUCAAUGGGACAGUAGCCAGGGCCAACUUGCAUCUGGAGGUAAUGAUAACAAACUCUUAGUCUGGGACCACCGCUCGGACCGGCCGCUGUAUACUUUCAGAGAGCAUACUGCCGCUGUGAAAGCCAUCGGAUGGAGUCCUCAUCAACGUGGAAUUCUUGCAAGCGGAGGAGGCACCAUUGAUCGUACGCUUAAGAUCCACAACACGUUGACAGGAAAACUUCAAAAUUCGUUAAACACGGGUUCACAAAUUUGCAAUUUAGCAUGGUCGAAAACUUCAAACGAAAUCGUGACAACACACGGUUAUGCUAGAAACCAAAUUUCGGUAUGGAAGUAUCCAACAUUAAAAAAUGUUGUCAACCUUACAGGCCACACAAAUCGGGUACUGUACUUGUCCAUGAGCCCAGAUGGACAAUCAAUCGUUACCGGUGCUGGUGAUGAAACUUUACGUUUUUGGAAACUGUUUGACAAGAAACCCACAACCAUGGAAACAUUCAUUCGCUGAAAAUAAAAAUAAAGAAAAUCAAAAAAGCUUUACGGAAGAAAGGUUUAAAUGACGUCCAACAUUUCGACGUUGUCAUCAUCUUUGUCAUCAUCAUAAUUUUUUGGAGACGUGGCACCUUGUUGGGAUGAAGACGCAGCAUUCAUGGCAUUUUGUUGACUUUUUAGCUCCAUUGCAGCCACAUUCAUCGUUCCCUUAUACUCUGGCUUCAAGCUGUACUUCAACGCAUAUGGACCACGUUUGUUUAGUACGGCAAUGCUGUCAAGGACUUCUUUCAGGUACACCUAAAUUGUACUAGUUAGUAAUCAAUGCAUCCAAGCUCAUUAUUAACAGGCAACUAUGCGUACCUCCGGUUGUUUGACAUAUUCACGAA